UGUGAUUGAUAAUCCUCUGUGAAAUCUGUACUGUAUUUAGGGUUCUCCGCUGUUGAAUUCCACGUGGAUUAGUUAACAAAAGGAUUUUAAAUGUUGCUGAAUGCAGACGACAUCGAUUCUCUCCAAGAACGACCUUAUUGUGUCUCAAAGCCGACUUGAAGGAUGUGAUCUGGCAUUAGUGAAAACAUCCCAGGGACUGUACCUAAAUUGGCAGCCGCAUGGAAGUGAAGGGAAAGCAAGUGGCUCAACAGGUGCUUUCUUAACUUAUGGCAAGACAUGUGGAAAGAUAUACCCUGUCAGAUUAAAUGCUAAAGUGGAGAAAGCAGUAUUUGGUGAUAGUGACAACAGCACUAGUGCACAGAGAGGACCUAAACAUGCUUUGGUUAUGUGUAACACGGGACUCAUUGUCGGUAUCAAAGCAAGAGAGCCUGGUGCGGUUUUCUCCUUGUGCCAUAUAGCAGAGCCACCAGUAUGGUGUGGUACUCUGAAGGCUGGUGAUACUAUGCUACUUGUUAUAGUUGGCAAAAGUGGAACAGUCUACAUUGGUCAGGCAGGUGGGUCAUCAAGAAUUUCAUGGUUCACCAAAUCCCUCACGAAUAUGGUGCUGAGCUGCUGCGCCCUCGAUGAUGCACUUGCUUUCUGUGACGGAUUUAGCUGUUGGAUAUGCCAUCUCUCUCUUGAUUCAAGACAGUUUCCAGAAGUUAGACCUCAUAGACUACCAUAUGUUGGCAUCAUUAAAAUUUCAGAAAUGGAUAAGGACACCGUGGAGUUGGCAACGUGUGAUGGACGAAAAUAUAAUGUCGCUUGGAGUUCAUUGGUUUCCAAGAGCAAAUGUGAAGAAGGAAAAAACGAUACUAAAUCGAAAAAUGACAGUGCCCCCUCAACUAUCAAGGAAACCAUGAUGGGGAUCAAGAAAUGUUCUGAGAGAAUGGAAGUGGAAGGCCAACAUAUUCACAGUCUAAAUCUCUAUAUAAAACAAUUAAAUAUAUUAUCAUCCCUUUUAACUGAUUCAAAAGAAUUUAUGUUUUCAGCAAGUGUUAGAGUUGAGCAACAAACUAUAGGGCAGGUAGUAUCUUACAGUGCUUUGAUUGAAUUUACAAACAAGAAAGUGGGAUUCGAAUUGGAAGGUAAAUGGUGGGCACUGUGUAUCUCUGUUCCGACACGCAAUGGAAGGCACUAUGAAUUAGUCAGACUUGAUAGUCACUCUUUCAUACCAAGCUGUAUUGUUACAGUUCCUUUGCGUGAAGUGGAUUGGAAUCAAAAUGCUAGGACUGUUACAAUGGAGUGUUACCUUGUAUUUGACCAUUUUGAUAUGUCUCAUCCUUUGUGUCAAGUACCAGUCUGUGUAGCAGAGGUUGAUAUACUACAUUUCCUUACUGCUCAUCGGGUUUUGAAUAAAGGAAUCUUGGCCUCCCCAGGCUUUGCUGAAUCUAUUGAGAAGUUGUCAAAAAGUAGACAAAAUACUCAAGCUGAAAAAAUGCAAAGCAAAGUGUCUUCUCUGCCUUGUAAAGUGUCCACUUCAUUUACCUCUGAUGAAAGAAAUGUUUCUCUAAUCAAGAACAUAUUCAGCACACUUGGUUGUGCAAUUUCCCUUAGUCCUAAAACAGAGCAAGUGAGGCUUUGGUACCAUGAAAUACCACUUGAUAUAUACCUGAGUCAGCAAAGUGGUAAGAUAUUAUUAACUUUUGAGGGAACAAAGGCUUCUCUGGUUUUAUCUGCAAAAUUAGCAGUAGAGGGCAGAAUAGUAAAGCAAAGACCUUCUUAUAGUAAAUUAAGUUUACCACCAACAGUUCUUAGACAGGCUAGACAGUCGCACAGGAUUUUGCAGUUUGAGUCCUCUAAGGCUGUUACCCCUACAGCUGUCAUUCAUCUGCAUCAUAUUACAACAAAUUUAAUGUCACUGCUACCAUUAUAGUGGAUAAAAAAUAUUACCCAAAUGAUAUUCUGAACUCUUGUUAAUUAUGUACCAAAAGAUACACUUUUAAAAGCAAUUUAAAUUUCUAUGAAUAAAGUUUU